GUCCGUCACUCCGUCCCUUUCAGCUAUCCAAACAACUCAACUUCACCUUGCUUUGCCUCCAUCUUCCCUGCCUACUUUUUCUGAUUUGAAAAGCAGCGUCACAAGCCAAACAACAAACCGAACCAUGGAUCACAACAAUUACCACCAGUCAUUUAACCACCUUCCACACCCUCUGUACUUUAUUUCCGCAUCUCCAGUUCAUGCUUCCCCUCUUGGUAGUCCUCCAGAACCAAGAGACUACCACUACGCUCCAGCAUCACCAAGCGACUUUAUUUACAACUCCUCUGCCAUCGCCAAUAGCACCGCCAACGGCACAGCUAGCACUAGCACGGGUACUAGCAUCUUUGAUCGUCCCUCCCGCCCUUCUUCUUCUUCUUCUUCUUCUUCUCGUUCUUUAUUCUCCAUCUCUAACGAGCGGGUAUUUGGUUAUCCACCUGCGGGAGUAGAGUACAGCGGCCCUUCUACUGGGGCUGUGGAGCGGUCGGUUUUGGAUUAUUUGGAGGUACCUGGGGUACCGACAUCAAGUCUACCACAACCUACACCAGGUUUUGAGGAGCAUAGACGCCAGCGGCAAUCAACAACAAUGAACAUGGGGCCAGGACCAAGUAAAUCGGUGCCGCCUGCGUUGUCGUUGGGUCGUGAAAGAGGGAGUAAUGCUAGUUCCAGUGAGGAGACAGUGGUGAUUAAGCGGGAGGAGGGAUCGCUUAGUCCUGUUUGGGUGUCGAUACCGCUAGGGCAGAGGGUGGAGAGGUGGGUGCCGCGGGUGACACAGGGAAAAGAGGGAAAACAGAUUAAGCAGGUGGAAGGAGAUGGGGGAAUGGACAAUGGGAUCAGUGGCGGUAGGACCUGGGGGAAAAGGGGGGAGGGGGUGGUAAUGGAGAGGGUUGUGAUGCCACCACCAACGGUGCAAAGUAUGGGUGGGGACGUGGGCAGUAUGGAGAUGGGAAUGGGCAUGGAACCAACAAUAAUGCCCAAGAUGGGCCUGUUCAAACCCAUCAGGUGGGAUGGGCCGUCUUCUUCUUCUUCUGCUUCGAAGACUAAAGCGAGGAGGGUACGUGCCUGGGAAACCUUGGAAGGAGAUUGUGGGAAUGAUCAUUUCCGACGGACUUGUGGAAAUCAAGACGGAAACGGAAAUGGAAACGAAAACGGCAAUAGAAACCGAAACGACGAAACCGAAGACGAAAAGGUUUCUGACGCCCCCAUCUCUCCUCAUUCUCGCUCCCCAAAGAGACUCAAAACCUCCUCCCGAUCAAGAUACACCUUUUGUCCAGGUCCAGCAGAAACAGAAACAAAAACAGACACGGAAAUAAAGCAAGAACCAGGCCUCUCACCGCCACCAUCCGCUAUUUUCGCUCAAAUUCCCAGAAAUCCCUUCGAUGCCGUCCCAAGCAACAGUGGCUAUGAAUCCUCCGGCCAAUAUGACGAUUCCCUUUCUCCGCGAAGUAUCAGCCCUUUGACUCGGGUGCCGACACCUCGUCGUGUGCUGUUCACCACUACUCCGAACCGGAUCAUGACUGGAACAAGAGAAACGACUCAGCCUUCACUAAGGGCGGUGAGUAAGCAGUUGAAGAAGAGGAAUCGGGAGAUGGCGCUGGGGCAGCAGGGUCGGGAGGAUAAUCGAGAAGUGAGUCGGGAACGAAGUGACGAAGCGAGUCGGGAACCAAGAAAGAAACGAAGAGGAGAGGGGGGAUGGAGUUUACCUGGCGGUAGUCAGGGACAGACUCACGGUGCUUCACUGCAGCAGCAGCAGCAACACCGAGGAUCUUCAGAAGAAAGAGAAAAAGGCUGGACAACAACCAUCUCAGGCAGCAGUGAAGAAGGGGAAGUAAGCAGUUACUACGAAAACAGUUACAGUUAUAGCUGCGGUCAACAGGAAAGGCGGGAUAGGGAUGACGCUGCUGCUGCUGCUGCAUCAAGUAAUAAUGCCCUUUCUUGUACCGAUCAAGAAGAAGAAGAAGAAUGGUGUCGCCCUUUUUCAUUCUCAUCGUCGGCACCCGUCUCUUUUGAGACGUCAGCGAGAUAUGGUGAUUAUGUAUCCGCUCCUCCGUCACUGUCGGUUUCCCAACUGAAGGGGGAGGAAUACCGGCAAGCUAUUAUACAAAUGGUGCAAGACACUUGUCUUGAGGCUAGCAAGAGGUAUAUCAGGGCUCAUUGUGUGAAUAGGGGGGCCCGUGACGGGGGCGGUAGUCCCGACACUAGUCCUGCUCCCCGCCAAACUGUCUCGACACGAUCGGCCCGCAAGGCAAGAAGGAAGCAUAAACUUGAAUCCCGUCAGGCAUUUUCCUCUUCCUUUUCAUCCUCCUCCUCCUCACCAGAAUCUUCACCAGCACCAGCACCUUCACAGCAACGACGCAAAGGUAAAGGUAAAAGCAAACGACAAAACCGAACCAAAAAGCGAACAACCGCCACCACCACUCCUCCCUCCUCUUCGUCCUCCUCUUUUAACUCACCCCAUCACCAACCUCCCCCCGAAAUCCAUUUAAGAGAUGCCCUCCUCCCCAACAUCUCCCAAAUCUGCACCCUCCUCUGGUCGCGCUCGCAGUCUCUCCGACUGCACGACACCGACAGCAUCGAGCUGCAUACCGCGCGAAACAUGUACUGGCUUUUAUCGUGGGCGGAGACCGUGGCUUUUGCCGUUGCUGUUGCUGCUCCCGCCGCCAUCUCGGAUGCUGGUAUGUCACCGUGUACCUCGGUGGAUUCACUAUCAUCAUCAUCAUCAUCAUCUGUUGCUGCCGCUAGUGUCCCUGGCGGUCCCUGUCUUGAAGAAGAAGAUUUGGGUGUACAAGGGGAGUGGUAUCGAUCUUCUUCUUUUUCUUUGCGGCGGAGAAAAAGGGAGUGGGAAUGGGACUGGGAGUGGGAGGGUUUUGGGGAGGGGGUGAGUGAGGAGGGGGAUAAGGCUAAAGGAGGGUUUGAGAGCAGAAAUGGGAAAGCGGUUUGGGAACAGCAACGCAUAGAAGAAAUGAUGAAGAGGGUGUUUGACGAGGGAGGCAUGCUUUGUGAGUUUCUGGGGUAUGGGGAGGGGGUGGAGAGGUUGGGUAGGGUUAGGGAGUUUUGUGGGUUUUGACGGAAUUCAUUCAUGGACUACUUGGGUUGGUUCCUAUCUAGAAUUUGCGGCAUUUUGAGGUAGUAGUGUUUCUGGUCAAGGAUGGAAUCUGGAUAUUGAGAAUUGGAUAGAAGAGAUUUUUCUUCAAAGAUCGUCAAUGUGGUAACUGAAG